UCUCGGCUCGCUUUGACUGUCUUUAGUCUACACUUCGAGCCAUUAAACCAAAUAAAUAAAUCUCUCUUCGGCUGCGACUUUGUUUUGUGCUUUGGGAUUUUUGAAGUGAAAAUUUUUGUUUCAUAAAAGCUAUAUUGUUUUUUUGUUUUUGUUUUUGUUUUCGAGGAGAUUCAUCAUUGUUUCUGGCGUUUUUAUCUCUCGUAUUUCGUCUCUGAUCUUCUUUGGUUUGUCCUUUUUUUUACUGUCCAAUGCGCGGCCUAAACGUGGCGUUUCUUCCCUUAGGCGUUGGUGUUUUCCGUUACUGACGGCGAUUCCGUUCUGCAUUUUCCAGUACUCGGACCGAGUGGUAUGAAUGAUCAUGAACUGAAUCAAACUGUGCAGCUGAAAGGGAUCUGAAGUUGUUAAUACCUAUACAGACUAUGGAAUGCCAAUUAGAGCUCAAACGGAAUUCAAGAGGUUAAUCCUUUGGAACUUCUGUAAAGACCAUGUUGCACCAAGCAAGCUGGAGGGCAAAUAUGCAAGGCAGGUUUAAACCAGAAAGGCCUAACUUGUCACACACCGAUCUUCAUCCAGAAAUUACCAAAGGUGGAAAAGAUGUCUCACCUGAAUCUUCAUGGGAGCAUAAAAAGCAACAUGCUGAUAUCAAGGCGAAUGAUGAAGAAGAGCUUGUGAAGUACAUGUCAAAAUUACCAAGUUAUCUGGAGAGAGGAGCAAAAAAACCUCAAGAGAAAGUUUUAAAUGUUGGGGUCCUUGAGUGGGGGCGUCUUGAAAAAUGGCAGGGUAGCCAUAAACAGAUUUCACAUAGAACUAGCAUCUCUUCUCUUUCCAGCAGCAACACUUCUUCCUCAUUAUCAACAGAUGAAUCAUCUGCACGUUCAAGCACAGGUCACAGUUGCUCUCCUGGUCAUCAAAGGUUACAGCGACCUUCACUGGAAUCUUAUCCAAUGUCAGUUCCCAAAAAGGGCCAUUUGCAAUUUGUCAAGCCUUUUAGGGAAAGCGGUGGAAAGUUUCAAGAUCUCAAGACUACCCAGAGAAGCACCUUCACUGUUCAAGAAAAAUUCAUCAGAGAAAAAUCCUCUUGCAAAAGUAAUCCACAUAUCAAGCCAGACAAGUUCAAGAGAAGGGAAAUGCUCCCAAAGAUUGUUUCAGAAAGUGUAACUGUGCCAAAUGGGGUAAAAGAUAACAUGGCAUCAUGUGAGAAGGUGAAAAUGAAGAACCAACGUGGUGAAUUUAUGAAAAAGGCAGAGAUAUAUCAAGAAGUUGUUGGAAAAGGGGCUAACCAAGAUGUCACUGAAAAAAGGAACACAGUUGUCCUCCUUUUGCCCAGAGAUUUAGCCAAAACGAACCAUUCAGGACCAGCUAACCUUUCUGAUUUAACAACGAAGUUGUGUAAAGAGGAAACAGAACCUGGGCAGAGGACCUUCACAGAAACAUUUAAAGAGGCUCACCGUGGUGAGCUUAGUUCCAGUUUCUAUCAUUCAGGUCCAUUGCGUUCUGAACUUGAUGGUAGCAAACAUUUACAGAUUAAAGCCAUGGGUUUGGUAGAUGCAAAUAAUAAUGGCUUUAAAUCAGAGAGAUCUCAAUCUGUACCUCGUGCAGCAAAGGUAGAAAUUAGUUCUUCCAGAAGCAGAAAUCCAGAGGAAAAAAUGAUACAUGCAACAGACACAAGUUCUGCUACAAAUGAGGCUUGCAAAGGAUUGGAGACAGAAGUACCCAAGGUUGCAUCUGAAAAAGUUCGAAGCACUUCACCUUUCCGUCGUUUUAGCUUCAGCAUGGGUAAUACAGGCAAAAGUUCUGGCCUCAAAGAGGGCUCUUCUAUGCCUAAGAUGAGCUCAACAUGUAGUUCUGCCAAAACCAAGCCAGAGAAUCUUGUUGCUUCUGGUGUUGAUACUUCUUGUGGUGAUAAACUCAAUGCUAAAAGCAGAGCAAGGUCCAGCCCUUUGAGAAGACUAAUAGAGCCGCUUCUGAAACCAAAGGCAGUGAACUGUCGCAGUUUUACCAAUCAAUUACAGGAGUCAAUUAUAACAGAGGGUGGCUGUAAGUCAUCAGAACGGACAAGACAUUCAACUAUGACUAUGCAGCCAGCAAAAGUGAAAUCAGACACAACCAGCACAAUAGUAAAUGAUUCAGCACUGAACAAAAAGUGCGGAUCUUCAGCAGUUCAAGCUCUUCUCAGAGUUCAAGUAAAGAAUGGGUUACCUCUGUUCACAUUCGCUGUUGAUAAUGAGAGUAAUAUCCUUGCUGCUACAGUGAAGAUGUUAAGCUCUUCAAGUAAGGGUGACUAUGGAUGCAUUUACACAUUCUUUGCUGUUAAAGAAGUCAGGAAAAAGAACGGUAUGUGGAUAAAUCAAGGAGGAAAAGGCAAAGGUCAGGAUUAUGCCCCUAAAAUUGUUGCCCAGAUGAAGGUUUCUGGUUCUGAGUUUUCUCAUUUGUCCAGGCCAAACUAUGUGGAUCAAUUUAGCAUUAGAGAAUUUGUUCUUCUUACCUUGGACGUAGGACAGGCACAUACACAAGCAUCUGAUUCCCAGCCAAAUGAUGAGCAGGCUGCUAUUAUUGUCAAGAUCCCAAAAAAGAACAGCAGAAAUUCAAUCAGAGAUGGGUAUCUGAUUGAUAAGCGUCAGAGCUUGCCUGAGGCCACAUCAAAAGAAUGUCUGCCAGACAUAAAACUUGAACUCAACUCCGGGAAAAAGGAUUCUUUUGAGGGUGUUCGAGACAUUAAUGCUACAGUCAUACUUCCAAGUGGUGUACAUAGCCUGCCAAAUAAAGGCGAACCUUCAUCACUGAUCCAACGAUGGAAAUCUGGUGGAGCAUGUGAUUGCGGUGGCUGGGAUUUGGGUUGCAAACUUAGGAUUCUGUCUAAUAAGAACCAAUGCAACCAGCGCCCUAGUUCUUUGAGAGGUUCUUCAAUUUCUAAUCAAUUUGAACUUUUCUUUCAGGGAGGUGCACAAGACAACAUGCCUUUUUUCAGCUUGGCCUCUUUCAAUGACGGUAUCUAUUCAGUUGAGUUCAAUUCAUCGCUUUCUCUUAUGCAAGCAUUUUCGAUUUGUAUAGCUGUUUGGGAUAGUGGAAACCACUGUGAGCUUUCAGAAUCAGUUCCCUUGUAUGAAGAAAGAACUUUAGGGGAAACCAUAUUAAAUGAUGGAACAAAUGAACCUAAUCAAAUUGAGGGAGAGGGCCCUGCUAGGUAUGUCUCAUAUCCACCCAUUUCACCAGUUGGAAGGGUCUAGAAAUUUCACUAAUGUGAAUGAUGAUGUAAAUAAGUGUAAAGGUAGAAUUAUAUAUCAUAUAUAUUUCUGUUUUUUGGUUAGGCAAUGGUCUGUGAGAUAUCUGUCACCGAUGAAAAAUAAGAAGUAAUGAACAAGGCUCAUUUGUGAAAGCCAGGGACAGGUUCCCUUUGAGCUUCAGGUCGUCAUAUUUUGUUUCACUUUUGACAAAAGAAGCAAUGACUGAUGUAGUAUGAGCAAAAGUUUCUAUCAGUGUAAGUGUGCAUAUAAUCAAGGAAUUAUUAUAUUGCUAUCUGCUUUUCUCCUAAUCAAUGAACUUCAGCAUGCUUGAUGGUGCCUUUCUUGCAUUAA